AUGGAUGCUCCAAAUCUGCGGUUCCUCUUCUUCCCCACCCGCAAGGCGUGUAAUGCGCCUGCACUGGCUGCACUGCGGCAGGACUACCCCGCCCUGGCGCUCUAUUGUGUGGUGGACCGCUCCUUCUAUUGGGAGAGGAAGGGCAAGAUGGUGAGCAAUGCGCCGCUCGAGCAUGUGAGGCGGGCAAAGAGUGGGGUGUGGGAUGAAGAAGAGGAGGAGAAGCGGCCCAAGAAAGUGUGGGAGAAGAUGCACAGUGUGAACAGGAAGCUGGUGGAGGGGUACUGUGCUGAGGACGACCAGGUGUACGAGCUGCAGUUCCAGUAG